AUGAAAAAGGUGAUGCCUGCAUCCGUAGAUUCUCCAACAAUGACUUCGCGUCGCGGUGGUGGUGGGGGUGAAGGAGGCAUCGGGGCGGGUGUGGGUGCGGCGGUCAGUGACUCAGUGCCUGCCCCGCGUGCCGCGCUCGGCGCCACGCCGCCGGACACCGCUCCUGCAGGCACGCCCCACGAUGUGGGGGAUUAUCGGCGGGGCGCCUCACCCACCGGCGCCGGCGCACGGAGCCGGUCGGUCGUUCGUCGCAUCUGCACAGAGGAGGAGGCGGCGCGGCGCAGCCGCAUUUGUUUGCAGCAGUUAGAGUCCUGGAAAAACUUGCGCGUGCAGGCGUGGCGGGAGCGGGUCAAGCUGCUUCGACCCGAGGAGCGGCCGGCGUCGCUGCGGAGCCUCAGCGUUCCCACGCGCGACGGCCGGGAGCAGAGCAGCUGUCCGCCGUCACCCACCGACUCCCCGCCUGCCCCGGGCGCCGUCUGCGACCUCGCGCAGGGCCCGCCGCCGACGUCGGAGGCCCGCGGCCCGGGCGGCUCUCACCUGGAGAAGUUCUACGAGGGCGAGGUGGUGCGGGCGGCAACGCGCGGCGUGCGGCAGGAGGAGCUCGAGCGUCAAGCGCAGGCGGCCGCGGAGCGGCGGAGGGCCGAAGAGGCGCAGAAGCGGCACGAGCGCGAGGCGGAGGCGCGGCGGCGGAUGGAGGAGGCGGAGGCGCUGCGGCAGCAGGAGCGCGAGGCCCAGCGGCAGCUGCGGGCGGAGGCGCUGCGGCGGGCGGAGGCGGAGGAGCACGCGCGUCUCGCCGCGGGUCGCGCGCGGGAGGCGGCGGAGGAGCUGCAGCGUCUGCAGCGGGCCUACGACGGGGUGAGGGCCGCCAACACGGACGCCGUGGAGGGGCUGCAACUGCGUGAACAGCAGGUGGAGGUGCUCUCGGCGGACGUGCAGCGUCUGACGGACGCCAACGCGGCGCUGCAGCGGCGACACAGCUCAGAGCGUCAGCGGCAGCAGCAGCGCAUAGAGGAGCUGGAGCAGGAGGUUGCAGCCGUCCGGCAAGCCGAAACGGCGGCGUCCAGCUGGCUGCAGGAGCUGCAGCGCGAGUUGGCGGAGGUGCGGCGGUCCAACGAGGAAAAGGAGAGGGCGUUGCGAGAGGCGAAUGCAUUGCUGCAGCAGUUGCAGCGCACGACGGGCGAGAGCGAGCGGCAGCUGCAGGCGGCCGCACGCGCGGCAGAGGAGGACUGCCGCCGCGCGGAUGCACUGGCGGUGCAGCGGCGGGAGGCACAGGAGGCGGCGGAGGCGCUUCGUGAAGAGCUGCGGCGCUGCCGCGACGAGGCGGCACAGUCGCGGAUGGAUCAAGGGGCGCGCUUCGAGGCGCUCGUCGCCGCGAACGAGUCCGCCGCCGCCGCGUCUCUGCGGCAGUUGCAGGAGGACCUUGCCACGCUGCGCCGCAGCCACGACGCGUUGCUGCAGGAGCGGGCGACAGAACGGGCCGCGGUGGAGGCGGCGUCGGAGGCGCAGCGGCAGGAGAUACGGCGGCUGCACGUGGACCUCGACGAAGUGCGGAGAAGCCGUGAGGCGGACGCCGCAGAGCUGGCGGAGCGCAGACGAGAUCUGCAGGCGGAGGUGCUGCGCAACGGUGAGGCGGAGCGGCUGCUGCGCAAGGCGGAGGCCGCGAUCACGACGAUGGCUGCGCGGCUGGCGGAGCAGCAGCAGGAGCGAGCCGAGGAGAACGUGCGUUGCGAGCGACUCGAGGCCGCGCUGCGUGAAACAACGCACCAGCUGCAGCGGGCCAACACGGCCGUGGGCGAACAGCCGCUGGCGCGGGGCAGUUGGCUGCAGCCCGAGGCGGCGCAACAACCCCGCCGGGACUUCUCCGCAGGGCGCGUCGACGCGUCGCCGGACGCGCGGCUGCGGGCGCUGGCGGCGGCGGUGGAGUCUGCGGUGGAGGCGAUGCUCUCCGCCAGGGACCACGCCCUUCGGAGGCGGCGGCGAGCCGAGGAAGAGCCAGAGCAGCGCCUGAGCUCCGCCUCGCCGCUUGCGGACAAAGACUCCAGCGCGGGAAACCGCCUUCUCGCCGCGAAGUGCGUCGUGAAGCUGAUGGAGGCCGUGACGCUGUUGGAAGAUGUCCUGCGGGCGGCGGAGUCGGCCCCCGCGCGAGCCGCCAGCGCCGCGGGGAGUCACGCGAACGACAACGAACCCGCAACGCGCCUGCAGAGGCAGCAACAGACGCUGCGUCUGCUGCUACAAGAGAUGCAGGAGGCGGCCGUGCCGGGACGCCGGCGUGUGGCCGCUGCGGACGUCCUUCUCUACGACCCUCUCGUUGAGCCACUGGCGGAGGCCGUGGAGGAGCGGCUGGGCGCGUUGCUGACGCCCCUGCAGCGCGGGGAGUCGCCCUGCGCGAGGCAUCUCUUUGGCACCGCUGCCGUUGACGCAGUGCUGGUGAAGGACGAUAACGUCACUGCCGCCGCAUCGCCGCCGCCGCGGCCGCCACAGCCACUAGUUGACGCACACACUGAAGCAGCGGCAGCGGCGGCAGCAGCUGACAUGAAUGCCACGCGCCGACUCUGCACGAAUGGAAGCGGCGGUGGGGCAACCCCGCGGCAUACAUUUGGUUUCCUGGGCGGGCGCCUGCAGGUGUCAAAUAACGGCACACGACUGCAGCGCCUGCUGCUGCCGGGUGUGGUGGACAACAUGACGAGCUCCGCGCUGGGCGCCCUGGACCACCGCAGCUUCCUCGCCGCGCAGCCCCCCGGCGUCCCGCCGUGCUUUGAGUACACCAUACGGGCGGGGAUGUACUGCGAUGGCCUGCUGAUGGGCUUUGCCGACCGCUACCUGCAGCUGGAGGGGUUUGGCUCGGCGCGCAACUCAUUGCGGCACGAGAACUGCUACUACCUGCACCUGGGCCGCGGCACGUUGUUUUGCCCGGCGCAGGGAAUAGUGGACAUGCCGUACCCUGCGUUUCAGCGCGCCGCCCCCGUGACCGUUGCGGAAGGGCUGCCAGGCAGCAGGGGCGGCGGUGACGCUGGCGCCCCUGCCGCGUCCGCCGCUGCCGUGCGCGUCGGCGAGGAGGUCAGCUGCUCCCUUGACACCGUGACGCAGACGAUACGCUUUCGACGGGACGGCGUCGACUGCGGCGUCGCCUUUGCGCGUGUCAGCCUCACGCGGGCGCUCUUCCCUGCGUUCGAGGUGAACUCGCGGGGCUGCACGAUGGAGUUUGUGUGA